UGAACACAUAGAGGUUCUGGGCAGGAACUGUGAGUGCAGCGUGCAAGCCUGGGAUCAGGCUCUCAGUACAGGGAGGAGGUGAUGAGGCUCAGCCAUGAGAAGCUUCCUGUGUACUAGAGGCACCGGCAGACUUGUAGCCUGGCUCCUCCAGCCUGUGUGUAGCAAGGAAGUGAUCUCAUCAGUCCUGACCAAACAUUACUCCAGGAUGACUUCAGAGGCUCACUUAUUGACUCUAGAGGAAAGAACACAGGCAGUCCAGGAACUCCAGUCUUUGGGAUGGGCAGAAAUCACAGCCAGAGAUGCCAUUUACAAAGAGUUUGUCUUCAAAACUUUUAACCAGGCCUUUGGAUUUAUGACUCGUGUGGCCCUGCAAGCAGAGAAAAUGAAUCACCACCCAGAAUGGUUUAAUGUGUACAACAAGGUUCAAAUAACUCUGACAACACAUGAUUGUGGAAAAUUGACCAGAAAAGAUGUGAAACUUGCUCAGUUCAUUGAAAAAGUAGCCACUUCCUAAUAAAUGAAUAAAUACUGCUCAUUGUUUGUG